GACGUUCACAUAUUUUGGCAACAAAUUGAGAAUGAAACGUCGAUUGAUAAUGCUGAGGAAGGAGAAUGUUCUACAAGGAGACUCGGAAAUAGUGCAUCCGAUGAUUAUGAUGUCAAUUUAAGUGAAACUGAAUUUUCUGACAUGGAUUAUGAAGAGAAAACCAAUAAGAAUGAAGAUAAUCAAGCACCUGCAAUAACGAUGGCUGGAGGCGACGUAGAAUCACUUCAUCCACUAUCAUCAUUACUACCCAUUCCUCCGCUUCCAUCGCCAUUAUUAUCACCACCCGGUUCUAUAAAUUCUAUACUAAACAAUGUAAUAAUACCAAAAGAUUUACCAACGUUGGUAAAUCAAGAUCAAUUAUCGCUUUCAUUUACAAACCCUAUCAUCCAAACCCCUGGAACUCCACCGCCAAGGCCUAAUGUCAAUAAUAUACAGAUUACUCCUCAAAAGUUGGUGCUUUUUAAGGAAUCCGUUACCUAUCUACAAAAUCAUAUAAAGAUAAAUGUAAAUGAUCAAGGAAUGAUCAUAAAAGACAAUCGUACUUCGGAAGAAAUCUCUGCUAUCAUGACUCCUUUAAGCUCAGAAGCAAGUCCAAAAGAUUGUGAUUUUCUACGGAAUUCGAGUAAAAAGGCGGUUGUUUUUAUCGAAAUAUUGGGUGGGCCCGAAAAUACAGAUCAAAAAAAAUUAAAAGAAGAUUCAGAAAAGCUUCUGAAAGAAGCUGUAUUCGGACUUGUUUCCCUAUUACGAAAUUAUUUGGAUAAAAGUGUCGAAGAAUCAAAGCAAUUAUACACGUUCAUGAUUCAGGGCAUCG